AGAAAUAGAUAGUGGAAAGGGGUGGGGAGGGUUUAGAGCGAGAGAGGGACUCCGAGCAGUUCGGACGUGCAUCGCGCGAGGACGGCGGCUCAGUUAGCGGCGAGCCGCCACGAAGUCAGGGUUGUUUUUUUCUCUCCUUGUCAUUUUUCGCGUCGGAGUAGCGCGUCGUGUUCCGCGAUUCAAUCCCCUUUUCUCGCAGUAACUUUCUUACACCGGCUGAUCGCUGCCCCCAUCGAGAGAGAUUCCAUAUGAUCGUUUGCAGGAUAUCGGACUGAUCUAUUGUAAUGAAGCUAUUGAAGCGAUUGUACUCUUGCACGGGGUACACCUAAAGAGAAGGAAACUUUUCGGUUCUUUUUUCGAGGCAAAGUUUUCAUUGGCGAAGGGGAUAUACGGUUUCCUUUUGUUACUUUUCGAGAGAUCCUCUUCCAUGUACGAACCUGAAACUGUUUUUUGGUCACGCGAGGGGGCCUGAGAAGGAAGAAGGAGAGAGAGAGAGAGAGAGAAGGAACCGAGGAUUUUAUCCGAAAGCGUCGAUAUGACGACGAUGACGACGUCAAUGACGACGACGACGACGACGACGAUGACGACGACGACGAUGACGACGACGACGACGACGACGUCGAUGACGACGACGACAACGAUGAGAAGGAUGUAAAGAAAAGUUGUGUGGGAUAGAAAGAGAAGUAGAGAGCAGAGAAAAGGGUUCGACGUCAUUUCCUUCCCUCUCGUUUCCCUCCCUUUUGCAAAGGGGUCAGAGUUCGGGGUGCCUGAAAGGGCUCCGCGGUAAGAGACAUUGAGAGAGAAAGAGAAAGAAAGAGAAAGAGAAAGGGAGAGAGAGAAAGAGAGAGAGGAGGAGGAGGAGGAGGAGAGAGAGAGAGAUAGAGAGGAUCCUCUCGAUUCUUCGUAAAAUCGAAAGGGGAAGAAAACAAAGGAUAAAUCAUGUCGAUACUUUCGAUAGGAUCCUCGUGGAUCCUAGCCGCUCUGUGCGGCCUGGUGUUGGUCCAAACGAGGAGUUCCACCGCCGGUGGCGAGAUUUACGCAAAGAUGUUCUCCAGCCAACAAAACCCUUCCGAUCCAUGUUACGACGAGGACAGGCCGAGAAGGUGCAUCCCGGAUUUCGUGAACGCCGCGUUCGGUGCGGCGGUCGAGGCCUCCUCGACCUGUGGCAGCGGAGGUCCUACGAGAUAUUGCGACGUAAACGAGCAAGCCGGUGGAUCGAUCGGUAUCGGGCAGUGUCACAUUUGCGACGACAGUACGCCUCGGCGGCGAUUCCCGGCUAGCUAUCUGACCGACCUGAACAACCCGAACAACGUGACGUGCUGGCGCAGCGAGCCCCUCGUCACGUCGCAAAGCUUCUCCGCGCCGCCGGACAACGUCACGCUCACCCUGUCGCUCGGCAAAAAGUACGAGCUGACCUACGUAAGCCUACAGUUCUGUCCGCGCGCUGCCAAGCCCGACUCGAUCGCCAUUUACAAGUCGAUGGACUACGGGAAGACCUGGCAGCCCUUUCAGUUCUACUCGUCCCAGUGCCGGCGGGUCUACGGUAGGCCAAACAGGGCGACGAUCACGAAGGCGAACGAGCAGGAGGCAAGAUGCACGGACAGUCAUCGUUAUACCGGAGGCGACGGUCUAGGACCGGUCGGUCGGAUAGCCUUCAGCACCCUGGAAGGCCGCCCAUCCGCGGCCGACUUCGACAAUUCUCCGGUUCUCCAGGACUGGGUGACCGCGACCGACGUCAGGGUCGUCUUCAACAGAUUGCACAUGCCGCAGCAGCCCAGUCAGGAUCAGGUCUCCCAAUUGGGAGUCGUCGACGAGCACGUAGGCCUCGGCGUCGAGGAGCUCGCGAAACGCGAGAGAGAACGCGAGAGGGAACGCGAGGAGAGACUGAAGAAUCAAAAGAGCAAUCUCUUGCACGGAGUCGACGGUUUCGUCACCGCUCUACCCUCGAUCCAUUCCCAUCAGGUGAUCGCGUCGCGCGAAAUGCAAUCGAACGACGCGCUCGACGUCGCCCAGGACAUGAGCUUCGUGGCCGUGACAGGGAGCACCAGCACCAUCGGCACGACCACGACCACCACGAUCUCCAGUAAUCUCGGUGGCUCGAACGUCGUCGGUACCGGUACCCUCGCGCAUCACUACGCCGUCUCGGACUUUGCCGUGGGCGGCAGGUGCAAGUGCAACGGCCACGCGGCAAGGUGCAUCCCCGGCAAGGACGGCGAGGUCGUCUGCGAGUGCAAGCACAACACCGCCGGUAGAGAUUGCGAGAGGUGUCGGCCGUUCCACUUCGACCGACCCUGGGCCAGGGCCACUGCGAGGGACGCCAACGAGUGCAAAGAGUGCAACUGCAACCUCCACGCGAGAAAGUGCAGAUUCAACAUGGAACUUUACAAGCUGUCGGGCCGUGUCAGCGGAGGCGUUUGCCUGCAGUGCCGGCAUUUUACGGCAGGAAGGCACUGUCAUUAUUGCCGAGAAGGUUACUACAGGGAUCCGGCGAGACCGAUCACGCAUCGCAAGGCCUGCAAACCGUGCGACUGCCACCCGAUCGGAGCUUCUGGAAAGACCUGUAACCAGAACACCGGUCAGUGUCCCUGUAAGGACGGUGUAACCGGUACUACUUGUAACAGAUGUGCCAGAGGAUACCAGCAGAGCAGAUCGCACAUUGCUCCUUGCAUCAAAAUACCGAGGGUCGUGCAAACGCAGGGCACAGCCGGAGAGGAGAGCGGAGAACACGAGGACGAAGACGACGAGCGUGGAUACGAUGGAAGAGCCGAUCAAUGUGGAAAGUGUCGGGCGAGCACGAAGAGACUGAAUCUGAACAAAUACUGCAAAAGAGAUUACGCUAUACUUGGAAGAAUAACGGACAGGCACAAGAAGAGCGAUGGUUCGCAAAGCGGUAGUAGCGUGUCUGGGACAUCUUGGAUACGCUUCACAUUGAACGUCGAUUUUAUAUACAAGAAGAAUCCAAACUCGAGGAUUCGACGCGGCGACAUACCACUGUACGUGCACUCCGCCGAUUUGGCUUGCAGAUGCCCCAAGAUCAAACCCAACAAAUCGUACUUGAUCCUCGGCCAAGAGAGCGACGGUGGAGGUCAAGGUGGUCUCACUGUGACGCAGAGAUCGAUCGUCAUCGAGUGGCGCGACGAAUGGCAUCGUCGAAUGCGUCGCUUCCAACGUAGAGCAAGAUCGUGCCAUUGAAGGAGCAGCAAGUCAUCGGCACAUGCGAGGACGUAGAGAGAGAGAGAGAGAGAGAGAGAGAGAGAGAGAGAGAGAGAGAGAACGAAGGAAGAUUACAAAGAAGGAUUCGCCCCACCCGCCUUUAUAGAGGAGCCUGCUACCUUGAUUUUUCUAAUCGCGAAUACCGCCCGAGUAUCGAUCGGUGGUUCAACUCGCGAACGCUCGCGAUGAUUCCGUUUACGGUCCGCGAUAAGAAAGAAAGAAAAACAAAAAAAAAACAAAAAAAAAUAUAUAAAAAAUACAAAAAAGAUCCCCCAAAAAAAUUACAAAACAAAAAAAUUAAAAAAAGAAAAAUAAAGAAAAAAUAAGUCAAGGCGAAUAUCCAUACUCGCGCGUCAGCUCGAUUAUCUCCAGCGCGAGUAUCGAUAAUCGUGCGUCUUCCGUGCUCGAUGUCCACCAUACCAUUAACUAUCUCGCACUGGUGUGCCGGUAUUAUUCGAGACGCUACCGUUUACCGAAGAUAAAGAUAAAGGUUUCAAGCGCGUAAAGCUCGUGCGUUCGAUGCUUCAAAUUUUGAUUUACUCGCGGCGGUGUCGGCGGCAAUAGUAGCAGCAGCAGCAGCAGCAGCAGCAGCAGCAGCAGCAGCAGCAGCAGCAGCAGCAGCAGCAGCAGAAGCAGCAUCAGUAGUAGCGGCAGUUUCGCCUUAAGUCGUUCUCAACCCUUCUGUCGAAAACGAGCGUGCGAACGUGAGAGAGAGAAAGAGAGAAAGAGAAAGAGAAAGAAAAAAAGAGAGACAGCAUGAACGAGCACGCGACCCGAGAGAAUGAAUGCGUGUGUAAAUGAAUGCGAGCGAGAGAAAGAGAGACAGAAAGAGAGAGAGAGAGAAAGAGAGAAAAGAAAGAGAGAGAGAGAGAGAGAGAGAGAGAGAGAAAGAAACAAGUGGACAAGCUAGUGAAACGAGAAGAGUUAAGCGCAAGGCACGGAAUAUAUUUAGCUGUCGUAUAUUAUCAUCAAAGCCAUAUCGUGCUGUCGGCUCAAGGAGCGAAGAACCGUCGGCUUUGGACAUACGUUGGACACGAGCCACGAUUACGAAGGCCCCAAAACGGUCCUCCGCUUACCGACAUUUCGCAGCCACAGAAAAUCGCUUCCUCCUCGUGUCGUCUCGCGACUCGCGCGAUUCCAAAGACACGAUCUUUUCGCGUUUAACACAACAUUAUACAUUUUUACCGAUAAAAGUUAAGAAACCUUAAAGACCACGUAUACAUAUACAUACAUACAUACGUACAUACAUACAUACGUACAUACAUACAUACAUACAUACAUAGAUACAUACAUACAUAGAUACAUACGUGCAAAAGUCAUACUCCUUUACGAUAUAAAUGUCUCGAAUGUUUCGAAUAAAUCGAAGUGUUACUUAACUAUUGUCGGUAGGUUUAAUUUCCGUAAAUAAAUUGAAACGAUCGACUUCUCCUUUCGUUUCGCGUUAAUGCGAAUAAAAGGACGAGCGGCGGCGAAACCAUGAGAAUUCCGCAAGACCGUGCGACCGACGACUGUAAAUGGCACAAAACUUCCAUAUACGCUAGCCCCGAGGCCUUUCCUCGAGCCCACCUCCUUCCUCCUACUCCGUCUCCUACAUCGCCUCUUCUUUUUUAAUUUAUUUAUUCUUCUUCGCUCGUACGACGAUAACGCGUCGACACGACACGACACGAAACAUCCUACGCUCAACACGCACCUACACACAUAUAUACACACGCGCACGUACGGACAGACAGACGGACAGUGGACACGGUCAUACAAGUAUUUCCGUACACACGCUCGUACACACACACACACACACACACACGCG